AAGGCGAAUAGUGGGACUUACUGGAUAUUGGACAUAACCUCAGAUUUGAACACGUAUACGCCUAUAUAUAUAUUCUACUAUACGGUCAUCUCGGUCUAUUUGACUUCGCCACCAAAAAGCAUCCAGUGUAAGCAACCUGAGAGGCCAAAGGGAGGAGACGGAGCCGGAGACUGGUUGUUGGUGACUAUUGCUCGCUCUUCUUCUCCGUUGUGCUCUCUUCCCACUCCAACCUUUUCCCUCUACGUCUACGGCACGCUAAAAGAAUCAGAAUUUUAGACUCAAUUGGCUCUCUUGUCCAGUCGCUUUAGUAAUCUGUGUUUAACUCGUCGAUUUUUCGCUUUCGUUUUGUCGGAUUCCAAUCAGAACAGUUUCUUGCAUCUUUCUAAUUCGAAUAAUACGAACUCGACAUAGAUAUAAGAAAAAAGAAGAUUUCUGAGGGGGAGUGCAGUCCAAAAAUCCCUUUAAUUGGGGAAUUCCAUUUCCCGAGAUGGAAGAGGAUCUGAUCGGCCACCAGUACUGAUUUGUUUAAUGAAAUGGCCAGCACCGUUGAUGAAGACGCCGACGCAGUUCUCAGUGAUGUUGAAGGGGACGAUGCGGUUCCAAUUGUCCUCAACGACCCAUCUCAAGAAGACAUAUCCGUGGAGAGAUUUAGGGAGAUCCUUUCGGAGCUUGAGCGCGAGCGGAAGGGUAGAGAAGCUGCGGAGAAUGCAAAAUCCGAGCUUCAGACCUCGUUCAAUCGCUUGAAGGUGCUCGCGCAUGAGGCAAUCAAGAAGCGCGAUGAGAGUGGGAGGCAGAGGGAGGAAGCGUUGCGUGAGAAGGAAGAACUUUUGAGAUCCAAUGAGAGAAUUUCAGGGGAAUUGGCGGAGGCUCUGAGACUUAAAGAUGAGCUUCUGAAGCAGAGGGAGGAUGUUGCACGACAGCUCGAUGAAGCAGUUAAGGCAAGGGACUUGUCAAGAUCGGAGGUCGAAGUUGCUGCUCAUAUGCUUGUCACUGGAAUGGAGAAAAUCUCUGGAAAGGUUAGUAAUUUCAAAAAUUUCUCCGGGACUGGGCUCCCGAGAUCUCAGAAGUACACAGGAUUGCCUGCUGUUGCUUAUGGCAUUAUCAAGAGAACAAAUGAAAUUGUUGAAGAGCUUCUUGGGCACCUCGACACGGCAACGAAGGCUAGGAAUGAUGCUCGUGAACGGAUGGAACAACGAAAUUAUGAAAUUGCAAUUGAAGUUUCUCAACUGGAAGCAACCAUUAAUGGGUUGAGGGAGGAGGUCGUGACGAAAACAUCUGAAAUUGAUAACUUGGAAAAAGCAAUUGCUGAGAAAGACGAAAAUAUAUCGGAGAUGGACAAAGAGAUGACAAAAAAGUUAAAUGGGUUGGAGAACGAAGCAGCAGAGCUGAGGGAGAUGGUUAAGGAUUAUGAUCAUAAAUUGAGCAGUUUGGAAUUGAAAAUGGACUCACAGAGAUCCUUAUUGGUCGACCAGUUGAAUUAUGUGUCAAAAAUCCAUGACCACAUCUGUAAUGUUAUUAAGAUGGUUGACCCUAGUAAAUCAGAUCAAUCGGACUUGUCAGAAUCAAUCUUCCUACCUCAAGAAAUGGACAUGAAUGAGAACUUACGUGCUUCUUUGGCUGGGAUGGAAUCUAUUUAUGAGCUGACCAAAAUAGCUGCAGAAAAAAUAAGGAACGAAAUGGAGGAGAGGAGCCGGGAAGCAAAAUGUCUAAAUGAGACUGUUGAUCGAUUGGUGAAGGAGAAACAACAUAUCGGGUAUUUACUUAGAAGUGUUCUGUCUAGUAGGAUGACAUCAGAUCCAUCAUCCGAAAUGAAUGAAGUUCUACAAAUUGCAGAAAAAAGCUUAAGAGAGGCAGGGAUGGACUUAAGAUUCAAUAACCUUUUAGGGAAUGAUGAAAAUCUGGGCUCCCAUGAUAAACUGAGUUCUUUGGGGGUAGAGGAGGAUGAGGUCUAUACUCUGGUUGGAGCUUUGGAGAAGAUAAUUAAGGCAUCUCAGCUGGAGAUUAUUGAGCUGCGGCAUUCUGUGGAUGAACUUAGGGCAGAGUCAAAUCUACUUAAGUCACAUGUGGAGGUUCAAGCCAAGGAGCUCAGCCAAAGAAAGCAUCGGAUAGAAGAACUUGAAGAAAAGGAGAGAGUCGCAAAUGAAAGUGUUGAAGGGCUUAUGAUGGACGUUGCAGCUGCUGAGGAAGAAAUUGCAAGAUGGAAAAUGGCAGCAGAACAAGAAGCUGCAGCAGGCAAAUCUAUUGAGCAAGAGUUUGUGCAACAGUUGUCAGCCCUCAGGCAGGAAUUGGACGAGGCAAGGCAAGCCAUGAUUGAGUCGGAGAAAAAACUUAAAUUCAAGGAAGAGACUGCAGCUGCAGCUAUGACAGCAAGAGAUGCAUCCGAGAAAUCUUUGAGGCUGGCAGACUUGAGGGCUUCAAGGCUGAGGGAUAGGGUGGAGGAGCUUACCCGCCAGCUUGAAGAGUCUGAUAUGCGGGAUGACUCAAGGAACCAAAACAGGCAGAGAUAUAUAUGCUGGCCAUGGCAAUGGCUAGGGCUUAACUUUGUAGGGUUCCAGCAGGCUGAGACACAACAGCAGCCGUCAAAUGAAAUGGAACUUUCAGAACCGUUUCUCUAAGUAGACAGAGUAUGUGUUUGGAACCGUGGGCAUUUAUUGACUACUUGAUUUGUUUGAAAACCGAGAAAAGCAACGAUGAACCCAUUUAUUGACACUUAGGCGCCAUUAGGCACCAAAUUAACAAACUGUGAAUAAACCAAAAUCUACUUUUGCAAGUUCUUAUGAUUACUGAUUCACAUAAUGGGGGAAAUACUGAAGUGGUGCCUAUGUAGCAGUGUUUAUUCAAUAAAUGCCCACGGUUCCAAAUA